AGCAACAAUUGUGCAAAAAAUAACAAACAUGUAUAUAUAAAUAUAUGUUUACAUACAGUACUGGAAUUACCAUUACGUACUAUUAGUGUUGUUCUUUUUUUUUUUUUUUUUAUUAAUUAUUUAUAUGCUCACGUAAGCUAUCGCAGUUUUUUCGUUUUUAUAAUAAAACGUAAACUGAAUAAAUACAGUUAUACAUUGUACAAUGGAUGAUAUUUAUCGGCGAAUAAGUGACGAAGAAGUUUUCGGUGAAGAUGAAACGGAAAGAAGCGAAAUAAAAGAGUUUUUUCACGGGCAGACUAUACUACUGACGGGUUGCACUGGAUUUUUAGGAAAAUGUGUUGUUGAAAAAAUAUUAAGAGAUUGUGCGGGAAUUAAAAAAUUGAUUUUAAUUGUGAGAUCACACAAAGUUUCAGCUAAAGAACGUAUGAAAAAAUAUUUUCAACACGAAAUUUUUGAAAAAUUGCGUAGUUAUCGAUCAAAUUUUGAAUCUAAAGUAUGUAUAGUUGAAGGAAAUUUAAUUGAAGAAAAUUUAGGUGUGUCCAUUGAAGAUAAGAAAAUGUUAAUAGAUGAAGUGACCAUGAUUUAUCAUAAUGCAUCAAACGUUAAAUUUGCAACAAAAAUAUCAGAUAGUCUCAAGUGUAAUGUGUUCGGAACAAAAUAUAUGAUCGAAUUGGCUAGAGAGUGCAAAAGAUUAGUGUGUUUCAUGUAUAUAUCAACUGCAUACUCGCACUCUUAUAACAAAGUGAUUGAGGAAAAAUGUUACCCGCCACCAGCGGAUCUUAAAAUGGUCCAAGACAUUAUUGACGCGGAUGAAAUCGCUAAAAACGGUAUACCGCCAGCAACUAUAGAAGAGACAUGUAAGCCGUGGGCUAACAUCUAUACGUUUGGUAAAUCAAUUGCUGAAUCUUUAGUCGAAGAAUUCGGCAAAGAAACAUCUUACCCAUGUAUUAUUUACAGACCGAGUCAAAUAAUAUCAACUUAUCAGGAACCAUUUCCCGGUUGGUGUGGUAAUUUCAAUGGACCAGCAUUGGUAUUUAUUGGUUAUGGAUUAGGUAUUAUUCACAUAAAACCCCCAAUAGACUGCAUACAAGAUUACGUUCCUGCUGAUAUGUGUGCUAAUUCAAUUCUUGCUCUCACAUGGGAUACUGUAACGAAUAAAAAACAAGACAAUGGAAAAGUAUUUAUAUUUAAUUACGCUUCAUCAACAGUCAAACCUUUAAGAUUUACAGAAUUUGAAAAUUACACAGUACCAAAAGGGAGAGACAGCCCAUCCAUUCGAAUGGUUGGUCCAAAUUUUUUGUUACGAGCACCAUGUUGGUUUCUAUUUUAUGUGUUUCAUUUUGUAUUACACGGUAUACCAGCAGUAAUUGCUGAUAUUGUAUUUAUGGCAAUGUUACGAAAACCACAGGCUGUUGCGGUAUUUUAUAAAAUAACAUUGAAUUUGAAGACGUUAUUAUAUUGGGGUACAUACGAUUGGCGGAUAACUGUGACAGAAACUCAAAAAAUGUGGGAGAGAAUGAAUCAUCGAGACAGAUUUUUAUUUUAUAAUGAUUUACGCACUAUUAAUUGGAAUGCGUUUGGAUAUACAUAUUGGUUUGGAAUAAAAAAGUAUUUGUUGAAAGAACCACUUGAUGAUCCCCCGGCCAGACGAAAAUAUUCUUUUAUGUGGUUAGCGUUUAAUAGUUUUAAAAUUUUAGUUAUUGUAUGUAUUUUAUAUUACUUACUUGGUUACUGGCUAAGCCUAAUUUCACCAAUAACCGAAUUCGUAAAGCUGAAAUAUAUUUGUCAUAUGUAAUUUGUUAGGGAGAUAGGUAUUAAAAACUUUUAAUCAUUAUACAUGUAUAGAUAUAUAUAUACUCAUGAAAAAAUAAUUUCAAUGAAAUUUACGGUAUAAACAUCGAAAUCACAGAUAAUCUUAAAUACAAUCAUAAUUAAAUAGUAUGUAAAUUACUUUUUAUACUAUUUGACACUGUCAUUUUAUCGAAGGCUUUUUGUAUUAAAAAUCAUUAGAAAAAUCACAGUGUUAAUAUUGUAAAAAGAGAAAAAAAAAAAUAAAUUACAACUUAAAAGCUUUAUUUAUUAUUCUAUUUAUGUACUUUUAAAUAAAAUGAAUAUCACUGUGAUGACUUUGUUGUAAUACAAUGUAAUUUAUAUUUGUAUAUACAAAAUUUACGAUGCUGCAUCGUGAUGCUUUAAAUAAUUACUGUGUCCGCCGUAAGAGACAUUUUAGCGACUCAUGAUAUCGUCACCAGAUAGCCAGGUUUGCUAAGCAACUGAAACAUUUGUUCAGCAAAAGUUCUCUUUAUUCUAACUUUUGAAUACAAUAUGAGUACAACUUGGACUACAAAUUGUUGUAAAUUGACGACUGCUUUUUAAAGACAAGUUGAUAGAAAAUAUUCCAGGAAGUUGCGGGAAUAGGUUGAAGAACAAGAGUUGCUUUCAAUUUGACAAUCAAUUAAUUGAACAUCAACUUUUUGCAGUCAACAACGUGAAAUUCAGACGUUUUCUGGCAACUCCCAUUCAGAGUGACUAUCAUAUCAAUGCAACGGUGUAAAAAUUUUGGUGUUAAAUUUAGGUGGUGCGAAUUAAAAAUUUUUAACACUGUCAAGCAUGUAAAUAUAUGUAAUUUAUGAUAAUUUUGUGUUAAGAAAAAUAAUAAAAAAAAUAUUGAAACGUUCAGAAUACUAUAUAAUAUCUAA